UGGAUCCAUUCAAACUUAUUCCCUCUUAGCAUAAAUAUCCAUGCUUUGGUUUUGCAAUUUCACCAUUGCUUGCUAUAGAUUUCCCUUCAAUCUUCUUUAACUCUUCUUUGUUUUCCUCAUACAUCAUCUUCACGAUCGAACUCACCACAACAGAUCAAAAAAAGAAAUGGGUUCGGUCGGAGAAAUCUACGAAGCACAGCGUGCUCAAGGUCCGGCCACCGUGCUAGCCAUCGCCACCGCAAAUCCAUCCAACUUUACUUACCAAGCUGAUUUUCCGGACUUCUACUUCAAAUCCACAAAGACCGAUCACAAGACCGAGUUGAAGGAGAAAUUUAAGCGAAUUUGUGAUAAGUCAACUAUUACGAAACGCCACACUUUCCUAGACGAUGAAAUUAUCAACGAAAACCCCGACUUCUGCAACCCCAUGGCUCCAUCACUUGACGCACGCCAGGAUAUUAUGGUGGUUGAGGUGCCUAAAUUGGCCAAGGAAGCUGCAUCCAAAGCCAUUGAAGAAUGGGGUCAACCCAAGUCAAAGAUCACCCACCUUGUAUUCACUACCAUUUCUGGUGUAGAUGCACCUGGCUAUGAUUUCCAACUCAUCAAGCUCCUCGGCCUUUCACCAACUGUCCAACGUGUCAUGAUGUAUCAAUUAGGCUGUUACGGCGGUGGUUCUGUCCUCCGUGUCGCCAAAGACCUUGUUGAGAAUAACAAAAAUGCACGUGUCCUCGUUGUCUGCUCAGAGAUAAACUCUAUUAGUGGCUUCAAGGCACCCACCGAGACUGACUUACACACCCUACUAGGGCUAGCAAUCUUCGCUGAUGGUGCAGCAGCUUUGAUUGUUGGUGCAGAUCCUGACAUGUCAGUGGAGCGCCCAUUGUUCCAACUCUUCUCAGCUAGCUCUAGGAUUCUCCCUGACUCCGGUGAUAUGGUUGAAGGCCACUUACGUCAAACAGGUCUUUCCAUUAGCUUAUCAAAGGAUGUUUCUAAAACAAUCUCAGGAAACAUUGAGAAGUGCUUAGUGGAAGCAUUCCAAGAGAUUGGUAUAACUGAUUGGAACUCCAUCUUUUGGGUGUGCCACCCAGGUGGGCCAGCAAUUUUGGACCUAAUGGAAAAGACAUUGGGCUUAAAGAAAGAGAAACUAAAUGCAACAAGAAAGGUGUUGAGUGAGUAUGGGAAUAUGUCAAGCCCCACAGUAUUGUUCAUCUUGGAUGAGAUGAGGAGGAAGUCUUUGAAGGAAAAUAAAGCCUCAACUGGUGAAGGGUUCGAUUGGGGUGUACUGUUAGGGUUUGGACCAGGUCUAACUGUGGAGACAGUGGUGUUGCGUAGCAUUCCUAUAAUAUCAUCAGCUCAUUGAGUAAUAAGUCGUGUCCUAAGUGUUGGUAUAUCUAAUUUGGUUCUAUGUGGUCUUAUGAUUUUAGGUAAUGAUUGUUUA